AUGGCCUCCACAGAUCCUAGCUAUGCUCCCUUUUUUGGCAUUAUGGGCGCAACUGCGUCGAUUGUAUUCUGUGGUAUGUUGGUUUUGAACUUAUAUUAGUUGUCUUCCAGCUUUCGGGGCCGCGUAUGGGACGGCGAAAUCGGGUGCCGGCAUAUGUUCCAUGGGCGUAAUGAGGCCAGAACUGAUUAUGAAGUCCAUCGUUCCAGUUGUCAUGGCUGGUAUCGUUGCAAUCUAUGGCUUAGUUGUAUCUGUUGUCAUUUCACAACAGAAGGACAAGUCUACUCAGAUGGCUACGUAAGCUGUUUUCUAUAUGAUAAUCGUGUGCAGCUCACUUAAACAACUAGGUGGAGGGUUAAGUGUAGGACUUUGCGGUUUGGCAGCUGGCUUUGCAAUUGGCAUCGUUGGUGACGCGGGCGUUCGUGGAACGGCUCAACAACCUAGACUCUUCGUCGGGAUGGUUCUGAUUCUGAUUUUCGCGGAAGUCCUGGGGUUGUACGGACUAAUAGUUGCCCUGAUUCUUUGCAACCAGUAA